AGGGGGCUUGCAGCGGGUCUGUGCAGGAGCACGGUGAUGCAAACCGCUCCCAGAUGCUCGCAGGAAGGGGCUGGGGGUCAGGCAGGGACCCUGGGGGCAUCUCCCUGCUCCUGGGGCAGCAGCGCAGGGCUAUGUGUGUGCGAGGUCCUGCUCUGCCCCACACUUCCCCGUAUCUGAAGGGACCCAGAGCUGGCACUGACUGGGGCUGGGCCCUCAACCCAUUGCCCCCUGGCUCUCCCCACUUUGGGGCUCAUGGGACUGGGGCAGCGCUGUCCCAUCCCAUGGGAAUCUCAUCUCCCCCAGCCAGGAUGAGGGAGCACAAAGCAGCUCCUUGUGCCUCCUUCCUGGCACAGCAGGGUCGGGGUCUCCAGCCAGUGCUGGGUCCCAGCCCUUGGGAAUGCUCAGCGUUUCUGGCCUUCAUCAGCUGCUCCCAUGGGCUAUUCCUCCCCCUCUUCCUCCUCCUCCACAUGGAGCAGCAGCACACUGGGCUGCCCGGCGCAGCCCCUGGCCCCGGUUCCCCUCGCCCAGUCGGGAACAAACCCGCUCUGUGAGCACAAACAGAGCAUCCUUCAUCACCACGGGGCACCGUGCCCCUUCCUCAUCCUCCCCCGACACCCUGGGCUGCUCAAUAGUGGGAUUGUGUGGAGCAGGAGCACGCAGCCCCACACUGGAGAGCCCCUGCCGCUGGAUGAGCAUCCUGCUCCGGUGGGCUGUCGAUGGCACAUCCCUGUGCCCUGCAGACCUGGACAAGCUGCUGUCGGACCUGCGGUCCUUCCUGCUCAUCCUGGACCGGGAAAGCCUCAGCUCCGUGGCUCGGGAUAAGAAGAAGUCGGUGGCUGAGCUCCUGUCGCGGCUGCAGAGCCCCUCGAGUGAGCGUGGGGAUGCAGAGUACAUGAUCAUGCGCUGCCUCUCGCCGUCCCCGCAGGGCCAGGCAAGCCCUGGAGCCAGGAGGAUGGAGGCAACAGGAGGAAGAACCUGUGAGUGCCACACAACCAGGACCCUGAGCCCACACGGAGGGAGCAAGGUCCCUGCUGUCUCACGGUCCCCACCCGCCGAUGACUCCUAUGAAGAUGCUGAGCUCCUCGGUCCCAGCCGCUGCUCCGGUGAGCACCGCACCGCAUCCCCCCCCCGGGACCCGCCCGCACCCAGCGCGCUGGUGCCAGCCCGGCUCUCAGGCGGUGCCGACACCGACAGCAGCCACUACGAGUCCUACGAGGAGGAUGAGGAGGGUGUGAAGGACCGUGCCCAUUACCUGCGGCGGCCGCCGGGCCCCGGCCGCGGUGCUGAGCCCAGCGGGCGCCCCGAGGCGCAGCUCUGCGGCUUCCUAUGGCGGAAGCGCUGGCUGGGGCAGUGGGCGAAGCAGCUCUUCAUCGUCCGCGAGCAUGUGCUGCUGUGCUUCAGGUACGCAGCCGACCCGCAGCCGGUGCUGGAGCUGGACCUGCGGGGCUGCCACGUCACCUGCAAGGCCAAGCAAGGCAAGAAGAUGCCGCACACCCUGAAGGUGACCGGGACAGCAGGAGAGGUGCUCGUCAUCGGCUUCCAGAGCCGGCAGCAGGCUGAGGACUGGAGGAAGGUGAUUGAAGAGGUCAGCAGCGAUGCCCCGGGCGGGCUGGCAUCCAUCAGCACCCCAUCGCCACCUUCCUCCAGGCUCAGCAGGGUGAGCUGCCUGUUCUCCCAUGGGAAACCCAGGCAUGGGAAGGGGGAUGCAGAGAAUUCACCCCAAAUCCCAUCCCACCAUCCCCACUGGCUGAUGUUGGGGGGGGGUCACUGCCAUGGGGUGGGGGUGAGGGUGCUUAAGGCCUGCAGGGAUUGGGGCUCCUUGGAUCAUCAUCCUCAGGCUGGCAAGGAGGAAGAGGAGGAUCGCUCACGGCAGAGCCCUGCCCGCAGCCCGCAGGCUGGAGCGGACGCCAAAGGAGGGUUCCUGUCGGUGCGGCUGCGCGGGCGCUGGCAGCGGCUGUGGUGCGCGGUGCGGCAGGGAGCCCUGCGCAUGGUCCCGGAGCCCGGCAGCGCCCAGCACCCCGCCUGCGCCCUGCGCCUGGACGGAUGCGAGGUGACCCCCGGCACGGCCGCCGGCUCCCCCCAGCGCCUCCGCAUCCGCAUCGCCCAGCGCGGCCGGGAGCUCGCCCUGCUGCAGACGCGCUCGGAUGAGGAGAGGGAAGCUUGGUUGAAGACCCUGCAGGCCAGGGGAGGAGCGGAAGCAGCCAGCAACAGUCCCCACAAUGAGAAACCCAGGCUGGGCAAUGCCAACAGCUGCCCUGCUGCAGGCGGGCUGCUCCAGCGCCGUGUCCCAACACCCAAUGCCUACAUGGAUGAUCCCUUUGGGCAGCUCCCACCAGCUGAGGCUCCCAAGCAUCCCUACUCCAACAUGGAGCGGCUGCAGCAGCUGCAGCAGAACUUGGACCGAGCAGCGCAAGGGCAGCGCAGGAGACCUGUGUCUGCGCUGCCCAUGGGUGCCUGCAGCAGCACCCUGCAGGCAGCACCAGCAGCAGCUCUCCGGAGCAGGGCAGCCAGCCCGCAGUGGGUGAAGGUGAGCUCCGAUCUCUGGAGCAAGGAUCUCUCCCAGUCCCAGCGCACCCUGACGCUGCCUGAGAGGAAAGGAGCUCGGGAUGGGCUGGAUCUCCUCAUCGGGAAAAGAGCCUUCCCGAAGCCGGAGGAGAAGGUGGGGCAGCUGGAGAGGGCCUGCCGCAUGCAGGGCAGGCUGAAAGCCGGCUCCGAGAUGAACCUGCUGGCCAUCGGCACGUCCCUGAAGGGCCACAUCGCUGCCAGCAGCGGCUCGGCUGGCUCCGAGCAGGGCUCGUUCCUCACGCCGCUGCUGAAGCGCACGGCAUCGGCCAGGAGCGCCCUGAGGCCGUCACCGCCGUCCCCGCUCCUGGUGGAGAGGGGAAAUGUGCUGCAGAAGAGAAAGGAGUGGGAGAUGAAGGCUGUGAUGUGAGCGGUGCCGCAGCAGCUUCGGGGCACCCCUCGGCUGAACGGAGGCUGCACGUGGACCGUGCAGGACCCGCCUGGUGCCCGGUUUUAACCAUCAGUAUCAACGCUACAACUACGCACAUCUAUUUUUUAUAUAGAUAUAUUAUACAUAUAAACUGUCCGUCCCUGGGUCUGAGUUUCCCUGGAAUGGCUGGAGGGGGGUGAGCCCCUCCCAGCGUCACCCCCUUCUCACCCAUCCCAACACCUUGGGUUUAGGGUAUGCAAUUUCCCCAUUGCAACCUCACGAGCUGCUGGUUCUGCCCCUAAUGUGGGGCCAGAGCACCAGCAGCAAGCCCAGAGACCCCGGUGACGGGGUGGGAUGUGGAUACACCCCGGACCAAGCAUCCGGGGGGCACACACAGAGUGAUGGGGGAUGCUUGGGGCACUUAACUGCACCUUGCUGGAGCUGGCAGGCCCCAGGCUGGACCCUGGGCUGCUCCCCAGUGCUGUGCUCGUCACGGCUCGGGGUCCGUUGUGGAAAUGGGGGGGUUUAAGGAUUAAAA